ACUGUUAAUAACUAGUUUAUUAAACUAAUUUAGUUUUUACAACAGCAGGAUAAACAGAAGUGGAGGUCUUCUGAUCUCGCCUCUUGCUUAUGUUAGACCGCACUAUCAGUAGGGGGCGGUAACGAGCUGACGGAAUACUGGUGGGAACAACCCCGUGAUCAGUAUUUACGGAAGUGUCGCGAUGAGGUGUAGUGACAGUACUGAGUCAUUUCUGUAGUAUCUAAUGUUGAUAUUAGAAUAGACCAACUAACAAAUUACGUGCGUUAUCACGUUUCUGUCGAGAUAGCAGUCGAGGCUUAGUUUGAAACGACCGUCUGGUAGCCUGUUAGCUCGUAAACAAACAGGAACGUCUGAUACUUGGCUAAUUCGGUUAGCUUUUACUCGGCUAAAUUUGCAGAACUAACAAGGUCGGUGCUAAUUUUUGUUUCCCUUCGCGUGGACAUGCUUGUGUGGUUGUCAGUUUGGAUGUCUGUGGACGGUUUACCCGUUAACGUUAUAUAAAGUCUUAUGGGACCGUUGACAAAAGCUGAGUGCUAGCUAGCUAACGAAACGUUGGCACCAUGGGAGCCGAGCAGAGCGGAGAUGCGGAGCACAAACACUCCGACUACAGUUCAUCGGUGGUGCCGUCUCCAGCAAAGCAGAAGGCAAAGAUGGAUGAUAUUGUGGUCGUGGCCCAGGGGACUCAGUCAAUGCGAAAUAUCCACAAUGACCCGGAUGUCAUAAAACUGCAAGAAAUACCCACAUUUCAGCCACUGUUGAAAGGAGUGCUGAGUGGUCAGACAUCACCCAGCAGUGUGUGUCUGGAAAGGCUGGAUGCUGCCCAGGUUCUGCAGCUCUGCAUCCGAUACCAGGACCACCUACACCAGUGUGCUGAGGCUGUGGCCUUCGACCAGAACGCCCUCGUCAAGAGGAUCAAAGAGAUGGACUUGUCAGUGGAAACCUUGUUCAGCAUAAUGCAGGAGCGCCAGAAGCGCUAUGCCAAGUAUGCUGAGCAGAUCCAGAAAGUCAACGAGAUGUCCAUGAUCCUGAGACGCAUCCAGAUGGGCAUCGACCAGACGGUGCCGCUGAUGGAGCGUCUCAACAACAUGCUGCCCGAGAGCGAGCGCCUGGAGCCCUUCAGUAUGAGGCCUGAUGGGGAUUCUGCCACCAAGUAGCCUCCUUAAAGCCCACACAGCUGCUUCUUACCCAAGUGUCCAUCCAGUCCUCUGUCCACGAGGAAGUGCAGGUCUGUCCAGCUGUAGGGAUAUCAAGUCUUUACAUGGGUCUUAAUCCGGUUAAGUUUUUGUUUUCAUAGCAGAAGUAGAACUGAGGUAUAAACGUAUGAGACUGCUCUGGUCAGGUCUUCAGGUCACAAUCAGUUCUUGUUAUUAUUUUUACUAAAUGCAGCAAGUUUCAUGCAGCGUUGUUCUUACUUAUCUCAUCUACUGAGCACACACACACUCAUACCUGAGUUUAAUCACAACUUUGUGUCUCUGCCCACUGAGCAGCUCUACAUGAGCAAUCACCAGCUUAAUAAGUGCUGUGAUCAAAUGCACCCCAGCUGCAGAGAGCCUAGGGGUUAUUACUUCUACCCUCUCUGCAGGGAGACUCAAAUGACUGUGAGCGACACAAAAGUAUCUCAAUAUUCUGCAGCCCUGAAGGUUUGCGCAUGCUUCCUGAAAUAUCAGAGCUCAUCAAGAACUGGCAGUGGAUUGAUUUUGGAUCUUGCACUCAAUAUUGCAAAUAUUUGUUGCCUGUGAUUAUGAUAUUCAUCUCGCUCCCGCGCCAUAUGCCUCGCUCACUGUUUGGAGCUUCCUUCCACGAACUGUCUGUAUGCAGAUCGACAGAUUUUAAUUCUCUGAACAGUGUCGUCGUCCCAUUUUGGGAUAUUAUGAUGAAGAGAUUCGUGGAGAGGACCAAGAUGGAUAUUUGACUUUGGAUUACACAAGCCACGUGCAAGUACUGUACGUUGAAAUUAAAUGAAAUUUGUCUUCGUGGACAGAAGAUGAUUUCAAUACUCUCAGAAACUUGCGGACUUCAGUUUUGUGAUGAUAGAACUUUAAUUUAUUUUGAUAUAUUUGCUGUAGCAGUUCUGUCAAGCCUGUUUGCAUGCAAAUGAGCGAAGAAAGCGAAACAGAGGACUGAGCCGAGACCCCGGUGCUCAUUGGCUCAGAAGAUGGUUGCAGAGGUGGACAGGAAACAUUCUAACAAGUUGUCCUUUUUCAGAUCACUGAGCUGCAGCUUUAUGUUGUCUGAUAUCCGAUUGUCACGUGAACCAAAGACUCGCAAGUCCUCAGAGCUGUUGAAUAAAAGAGUGUCACCUCUGAAA